AUAUGCAUAUCUCAGCGUGCAUUGAGAACAUUUUCAAUGGAUGUGCCGCCUAAGAUUGCAAAUGCCGUUUACCUAAACUCGAUUUCGAAGUUGAUCCGAUGAUUUGGAUAUGGUCCGAUUCGAUCCCGAUCCGUUUGCUAUGGCCUGUGGCUUGGCAAGGCAAAGGCCUUGCUCGAGCGAAAAACCCCACUAAAAUCCCUCUUCGUGGCUUGGCAAAGGCUUUGUCAACACUGGUAGUGGAUUGUGCACGUUCAGUUUCAGACUUCAGAGGUAACGAAAUUCAUCAAUGGCGGAUUCACCCGGGAACAAUGCCUCGGCAGCUGAGACUCUGAACCCGUCUCUCGAAGAGAUUAAACCAUUGAAUACCGAGUCAACGAACGAUGCCGAACCUUUCGAGCAACUGCAACAAGAAAACCUAGUAGAAGCAGGAGAAGCAACGGCAGCCGAUGAAGAAGUCCAACCCUCGUCUUCUCAAUCAAUAGAAGGUCAGGAGUCGGCUGGGAAACGAAAGAGAGAAGAUAUAGAAGAAGAGAAUGAGGGAACAAAAAGUUCCCUUCAUCCCUUGUGGAAGACGAGCCUUUGUUCGUAUUUUCGACGCCAAUCUGGGCAUUGCAGCCAUGGAGACGCUUGUCGCUAUGCCCACGGCGAAGAAGAGCUGCGGCCUCGGCCGGAUAACUCAUGGGACCCAACUUCGGAGAGGGCGAAGAAGCUCUUGAAAACCGAAAAUGAGGAGAAAAACGAAACUUCCGAUGCAGAGGUUAAUGUUCUUAUGACGGACGCUUUCGUUGAUUCGUCGGAUCCUGCCCGUGAUAAAUGCGUAGUGCAUCUCCCACGCAAAUGGGCCUCCGACAAUUUGAAGAGUUAUCUCGACGAGCAGGGAAUUCUCUAUAAGACGGCUAAGAAGAAGAAGGGUAUGACUGUUGGCUUUGUGAGCUUUGAAAAUACAGAACAAGUUAAAAAUGCAAUUGAGAUACUUGGCGGAAAAACUAUCGGAAAUAAGCAAAUAAAGGUUGCUGAUGUCCUUCCACGGUCAUUUGAGAAAAAAGCUAAAUCGACAAUCUCUGUCUCUGAAGGAACAGGGCAAGCAACUGAAAUUUUGUUGGGCACCGAUGAUUCUAGUGUUUCUGCCUCUAUAAAUGGUUGUGAGAAUAAUGAUACUGUUGAAAUGGACAAGUUAAUGGGUGAUGGUUUAGUUGCAAAAGCAAGAAAUGCCUGUGAUGUUGUGACUCCCCUUGCUCACAUGUCCUAUGCUGAUCAGUUGGAACACAAGAAGAACUCACUAAUGCAAACUCUUAAAAAACUUACUCGUAAUGCACGUAAAGCUUGUCCAGAAGGUAUUCCUCUCCCAGAAUGGAUUCUCAAGUCUAGGGAUAUAGGUGGUCUUCCAUGCAAACUCGAGGGAAUACUUGAGUCACCACUUGUAAAUGGAUAUCGAAAUAAGUGUGAAUUCUCAGUUGGAUAUUCUUUUAUGGGGAAACCAACUGUGGGCUUUAUGAUUGGAAACUUUAGGGACGGUGUAACUGCAGUAGAGGAACCUGUGGACUGCCCAAAUAUUUCUAAAAUAGCUUGCAAGUUUGCUGCUAUCUUUCAGGAGUUUCUACAGCAUUCAAGCUUACCAUUGUGGAACAGAAUCAAUAAUACUGGCUUCUGGCGUCAAUUAACAGUUAGGGAAGGCAGGAGUCCAGGCGAGACAAUUGAGGUUGCAGCUCUCGAGUCCAAUAUUUCAGAAGUUAUGCUUAUGAUUCAGGUUUGCUCAUCAGGCUUUGAUGAUGAAUUAGUAACAACUGAAUUUGAGAGAAUGGCUCAAAGUCUUGCUCUUGAAGCUGCUGAAAGUUCUCCCCCUCUACCUCUAACAGUGUUGGUAGUUCAGGACCACACAGGAAUAUCAAAUGCUGCACCAGUUGAUGCUCCAUUGCGUACACUAUCCAUAACAAAGGCAGAAACCACUUCUGGUCCAGAUGCCAAUGAUAUCACUGUUGAAGCUAGAAUUCAUGAUUACAUUAGCAACCUUCGCUUCAGCAUAUCUCCAACUGCAUUUUUUCAAGUCAACACCCUUGCUGCAGAAAAGCUGUAUUCACUUGCUGGGGAUUGGGCAGGUUUGGGUCCUGAUACCUUGCUUUUUGAUAUAUGUUGUGGGACUGGAACUAUUGGCCUGACUUUAGCACAUCGAGUUGGUAUGGUUGUUGGCAUUGAAAUGAAUGCUUCUGCAGUUUCUGAUGCACAAAGAAAUGCAGAGAUAAAUGGCAUAAAGAACUGCAGGUUUAUCUGUGCAAAGGCCGAAGAUGUGAUGGGAUCUUUAUUGAAAGAGUAUCUAAAUGUGCCUUCCAAGCAAGAUGAAAGUCCUCAUGUUAUCUCUGAAGAUAAUGGUAAAGAUGAUUUGCGUGAUCUAGAGAAUCUUGCAUCUGUGGACAAUGGAGCAGAUCUUGAAGAGAGCAGAAUCCAUGAAUUAGGUGAUGAUACAAGUUCUUCUGGAUGCCCAAAUAAUGGUAGUGAGGAACUUGAAGGUCCAAUUGAGAGGAGCUGCAUUUCAGAAGAUACGAGUAAAACAGUGCAGCAAUAUAAAGAUGUAGUUGCCAUUGUUGAUCCUCCACGAGUUGGACUUCACCCUGUUGUGAUCAAAGCUUUACGGACUCAUCCACGUCUGCGACGUCUUGUUUAUAUCUCCUGUAAUCCCGAGAGCUUAGUGGCAAAUGCUAUUGAGCUCUGCACACCAUCUACCAAUAAACCUGAGAAAGGGAACAAGAACAACAGGGGAUGGAGGAAAAUGAGCAGUGCAGGUUUGGCACGACAUAGGACCAAGUCCAUGCCCAGCUCAGAGCCUUUCCAUCCUGUCAAAGCAAUGGCUGUUGAUCUCUUCCCACACACUCAACACUGUGAAAUGGUUAUGCUUCUUGAGAGAUUGUAGAUGGACUCUAAUGCUGGGCCCUGCAUUGACGGGUUGAUGGGAGUCUCUUAGUCAUGUUAACACGCCCAGAAAUAGUCAGGAAAUGAUGUUUUGAAUCUUUAAUGGUUGUCGGUGACAUUGGAAUGGACAGAUUUGUCAGGUGAUGUUUUGAAUAUUUUAAGGGUCUGUUCAUUUCCUCUUAACUCUAUCUCUUAAGAGGAAUUUUA